AUGAGAAUUCAUAGACUUUCUCCUGACGACAUCACCCAUGGUUCCCAUCCCCCAGGUCACGCUUUCAGUAAUGACCGAAAUGCGUCGGAGCACACGUCAACCGGAUACGCAGAGUCGCGUCCUGCGAUGACUCCAUCUUCUCGGGCCGAAGAAUCCCUAUUUCAGCCUGGUCAUCAACUCCCUUCUGCUUCCCGCAUACCGGUAAUCAACGACGCCCUUCACAAUACACCGCCAGCUGAUGGAGCAUCUCGCGAGACGGUACAUCCGACGGUGACAGGAAGAGUGCCUGUAGCACGAGAAGAGCCUUUGGAAAUAUCCAAUGUAGAGCACCAGCAAACUGCACAGUUGGGUGAUCAUUCCCAGUCAUCAGAUGCAGCUCCAGGAGUAAACUCCGAACAGAUCGAGUCAGAACCCGCGCAUCCAUGGGGAAAUUGUCCAUAUCCGCACGUUCAGAGCGCGCAAGAAGCUACUGCCUCACUCUCACAACCCGAACUACAACUGAAGGGGCCAAACCGCCAUCGGCCAUUCGGGGCGCUCUCAGGUUGCUGCUCAACUAGUCGCCCGGAGACACCACCACCAGCAGUGCAACCCCCCAACAAGACUAACAAAACCCUGCAUACUCACUCUCUCCUGCCUGGUAUUUGCUGCUUAGAGUCGCAUUAUUCAAGCGAGACGCGCGACGGCAAUGAUGACAUCGAAAAUGGCCCUCCCAAUUUCGAGCGUGUUGUCCUUCGGAUCGACGGUCUCAAAUGUGGAUGCUGCGAAGGCGGACUUUCACGGGCCCUUGAUCGCAUUACUGCCGUCAAGAACCACCAAGUGAACGUUAUUUUGGCUCGCGUCGAGUUUGACUUGGAUACUAACCGCCUCUCUGUUGGCGAUGUCAUCAAACUGCUGACUACAAGAACCGGAUACAAGUUUGAGGAGCAAGUCGCCUCCGACGGGCAGAUACUAGAGCUCAUCGUCACCGAUCCUCGACUCCUGGUGCAUGCUGGCCAGCCAAAGGGUGUUAUCCGUAUUGAAGCACCAGUGAGGGUAUCCUGGCGUCCUCUAGGCCGACUCGGCCGACUUUGCAAAAGAGUAUCGAACAAAUCAACGAGGCCAGAGACGGAUGCAGUCGUUUGCGGAGACAGCGCCAGCGACCCUGCCACAGACAGCAAACAUGGAUACACUAGUAUUCGAAUACCUCCAGUGAGGUUAUACUAUGAUCCGAAUCAGAUCGGCGCCCGAACUGUGUUUGAACAUUAUCGAAAAUACGACCCGGACUUGUGUCUGGCGCCCCCAGCAACCGACCCCAGUAUCGAUCUUGGAGCUAAGCAAAUAAAACGAGCCUUACUCUGGUUUCUUCCUACUUUAGCCCUGACUAUACCCGUACUUGUAUUCGCUUGGACGCCACUAGCUCAUACUCAGGAUACCUACAUGCACAUCUCACUGGCUCUUGCCUCACUAGUGCAACUAAUCGCCUUCAGAGAAUUCGUCCCGGGCGCAUGGAGAUCACUUUAUCACUCCCGAGUCUUCGAGAUGGACUUUUUGAUUGCCUUUAGCACUACCAUGGCGUACACUUUCAGUGUGGUGUCAUAUGUGUUUCAGGUUUAUGGCACGCCUUUGGAAACCGGGUCUUUCUUCGAGACAUCGACUUUGUUGGUGACAUUGAUCCUGCUGGGCCGCGUCAUCAAUGAGUUUGCGCGCUACCGAGCUGCAAAGUCUGUGUCUUUCAGGUCACUCCAGGUUGAAGAGGCUCGUUUGGUGCUACCAUCUUCAAUUGACACGUGGGCCAACGUGAAGACGACCAAGAUUGACUCUCGCCUAUUACAGUACGGCGACUUCUUUACUGUUCCGCCUCAUACCAGAAUUGUUACGGAUGGAAUUGUCGUGUACGGGGGCUCUAACGUCGAUGAAUCAAUGAUCACUGGUGAAUUCCAACCAAAGGCAAAAGGCAUAUGGUCUGAAGUCUUUGCCGGCACCAACAACCAGGAUGGUUCGCUCGUCGUCAGCCUGAGCAAGUUACCUCAUGAGAACUCUAUUCAUCAAAUUGCAACCAUGGUCGAGGAUGCUGAGUUAACAAAGCCGAAAGUCCAAGCCCUUGCUGACUGGGUCGCUGGGUGGUUUGUGCCUGUCAUAGCCGUCAUCGGUACUGCGGUUUUUCUCACCUGGAUGCUUGUGGACAGAUACCAAAAUCACCAUAUGUGGAAAAGUGCGGUCCUCACAGCAACCACAUACGCCAUAGCUACUCUUAUCGUAUCUUGCCCGUGUGCAAUUGGUCUAGCCGUGCCUAUGGUCGUUAUCAUUGCAAGCGGCGUGGCGGCGCGUUAUGGGAUCAUCCUCAGAGACCCUCAAAUGCUAGAGGUAGCCCGCAAAGUUACAGAUGUGGUUUUCGACAAGACCGGAACAAUCACUUCUGGCAGACUGGACGUCGUGAGUGUUCCGCGAUACCGUAGUAUGGACAGAGCUCGGACCAAGGGCCUAUUGCUGGGCCUAUUGAAAGACAUUCAACACCCUGUUGCUGCCGGAAUCACGAAAUAUCUCACACAAGACAGAAUCGCCAACAAAGACUUCGAACCUCUAGAGGUCAACAAUAUUGUCAGCUUUCCUGGAGAAGGAGUCCAAGGCGUCUGCGCGCAAACGGGCGAUAUAGUCCGCGCUGGAAAUGCCGAAUGGUUGAAGAUUAACGUAAUUGGGCGUGAAUCCAACACCAGGUGCUAUUUUACCGUCAAGGGUGAGCUUCAAGCUAGCUUUGAGCUUAAGGAUCGGCCCCGUCCUGGAGCUGAGAUGGUCAUUGAAAAGCUACACACUCGCGGCAUCCGCGUACACAUGAUCAGCGGCGACACCGAAGGUGCAGUGACUGAUGUUGCUAGCUCGCUUCACAUUCAGAAGGAGAAGACCAAAUCACGCUGCAAACCCGAAGGCAAAUGUACAUACGUCAAAGAUCUGCAGAAGCCGGGCAAAGUUGUCAUGUUUGUUGGCGACGGCGUCAACGACUCGGUUGCGCUCAAGCAGGCGGAUAUUGGCGUACAUGUCAGUCAAGGAUCGGAUGUUGCGAAAAGCGCAGCCGAUGUCGUUCUCAUGACCACCCGUCUACAUGACAUCUUAAUCCUGCUCGACAUUUCCGGUACUGCAUACCGGCGCAUUAUUGCCAACUUCAGCUGGUCGUGCUUGUACAACGUUGGUGCAAUUUUGCUUGCAGCUGGUGCAUUCGUCGAGGCAGGGAACCAGAUUAGAAUUGCGCCGCAAUGGGCUGGGUUGGGCGAGCUCGUCAGUGUGUUGCCAGUCGUCUUGAUUGCAUUUCAGAUGCGAUGGCGCGACUACGGCAGCACGUACAGAUUCAUCGAGAACGACUACCAAAAGGUUGAGGCGCCGAAACGCGAGCGCGUACUCCGAAUUAGGGGAAGCUCUUCAACCGACAGCGCAGAAUGUUGUGAGAUUUCCUCGUCUAGACUGGCUAAGAUUGAUGCUGUGACGAGGUAG